GUAACUUUUCUGUCGUCUCCAAAGUGAAUAUAAAGCGUAGAAACUCACACUUCCGGUAAUCUUUCACGUUAAAUUGUAGUUUUAAAAUGUCGUCGAAUAACGUGAACCUGUUUUUAAAUCGCCCGAUAAAUAUCCUCACAGCUUUCGGGGUAUGGCUGCCUCCGAAAAACCACGUAAUUUUGCACAAAAUAUACAUGUUAAUAAUAAUGAUGACGCAAUACAACUUUGUUCUUUUCGAGUUCAUUUAUAUAGCCAAUGUAUGGGGAGAUUUGGAUGAGGUAUCAGAGGCUUCUUAUCUACUUUUCACUCAGGCUUCUGUUUGCUACAAAUCCACUGCGUUUCUUAUUAAUAAAAACAAUUUGAUUGAGUUGUUGAAUUUCAUGGGAAAUAAGCUUUUUGAACCGCAGUCCAUUAUACACGAAAGGUUCCUGUAUAUGCAAUCACGGACAAUAAAGCGUCUGUGCCUGUUCUUCUUAACAAGCGCCACCACAACGUGUACCCUUUGGGCAUGCAUACCGCUCUUUGACAACGUCGGGAAAAGAUUCUUUCCUUUUAAGAUUUGGAUGCCAGUAGGCCCAGAGAAAUCCCCGCAGUUCGAGUUGGGUUACGUCUAUCAGAUGGUGAGCAUUUACAUCAGUGCGUUCCUCUUCAUCGGCAUCGACAGCGUCAGUCUCUCGAUGAUCAUGUUUGGCUGCGCGGAGCUCGACAUCAUUGUGGACAAGUUGAAGAAGGUAAACGAAAUUGCUUCCACUGAUAAUGAUCAGAAUCAAAAUCCAAUAUAG